ACCACAGGAUGUUUUGAAUGUGAAAACAUGGACGAUGAUUUCAAGACUUGCUGCUAUCGAAUACAGAUCGCCCCGUGAUCAAUUUAAUAGAAUAUUAACGUUUAUUAAUACCUAAAGUUGGUUUAGAAAAGUAAUUUGAAGUGAUUUGUAAAAGUAUAUAGGCAACUUUUGUAAUUUUAAAAAGUGACAUUGCGUCUUGUAAAGGUGCAUUUUACUGGAUCAGACCGGUCUUCAGCAAAUCACAUUUUGGGUAUACAAUGACGGAUUUAAUCGGGAAAAAGACCCAAUUGUGAUGUUUAUGUGACAUAUAGGAGUGCCAAGAAAGAAGCUCGUCAAAGGCCCAGGUCAAGCACACUUGAGGUAUGUGUUCAGCAGAUGCCCCAGGGCAGAGAGAAGAAGAUGGAGAUCAAACAAUCAGUGGAUCUCAGCAGAACGAGUGCUAAUAAAAAGUUAAUGGACAGUACCCAGAUAUCCAGUGAUUUAAUAAAGUCAAUUUCCAAGAUCCAUAUUGAGCUCUAUGAUGUGAUUGAGGAGAAGCAGAAAGCAGCAGAGACACAGGCUGAAGGGCUCGUCAAAGAGCUGGAGGAGGAAAUCACUGAUCUACAGAAGAGAAGCGGUGCUCUGGAGCAGCUGUCACACACCGAGGACCACGUCUACCUCAUACAGAGCUGAAAGAGAUGCAACAAUAUGCAGGUGGGUGUGAAUCAUUGUGACUAGUCACAUUUUUGGCUCUAAACUUCUGACCCACUGGAAUUGUGAUACAGUGAAGUAUAAGUGAAAUAAUCUGUCUGUAAACAAUUGUUGGAAACAUUACUUGUGUCAUGCACACAUUUAAUGUCCUAACUUACUUGCCAAAACUAUAGUUUGUUAAAACUUCUUUGUGAUAGGGGGAAGUAUUUUCACUUUUGGAUGAAUUCUGUGCCCAUAGUGAACUACCUCCUUGUUAGGAAUUUUAUGAAUAAUGACUAAACAAUGUGUACAUUUAAACAAACUAUAACUAAUUAAACUCUAGCCUGUUUUACAAUAUCUGAUUAAAACCUGUUAGGGAUAGGGGGCAGCAUUUUCACUUCGGAUGAAUUGCGUGCCCAUAGUGAACUACAUCCUACUCUGUCCUAGAUGCUAAUAUAUGCAUAUUAUUACUAUUGGAUAGGAAACACUCUGAAGUUUCUAAAACUGUUUGAAUUAUGUCUGUGAGUAUAACAGAACUCAUAGGACAGGCAAACUUCCAAACAGGAAGUGGACAUUCUGGGGCUGGUCGAAUUUCAAGUCAUCGUCUAUUCACAUCCAAACAAGAUAUGGAUCUGUUCGCACUUCCUACGCCUUCCACUAGAUGUCAACAGUCAGUAGAACAUGAAAUGAAGACUCUAGUGUGAUGUAUGACCGGAUGGCAGCUAUUUGAGUCACUGGUCUGGCAGAAUGCCAGUUCCUGGUUAUGCGCAGUAGUCCUUAUAUCGCCUUGCGUUCCAUUACUCUGUAGACAAAAACGAAUGCUCCGGUUGGAACGUUAUUGGAUAUAUAUGAAAAUAACAUCCUGAAGAUUGAUUCUCUACUUAGUUUGACCAGUUUAUUCGAACUGGAAUAUAACUUUUUGAAGUUUUCGUCCGAGUUCGCCUGGACCAGCGCCAGCUUUUGGACAUGUGAACUAACCGUGCUAGCAAAAGCAGCUAAUUGGACACUAGUAAUGGACAUUAUGGAACAAAACAACGAUUUAUUGUGGAACUAGGACUCCUUGCACUGCAUUCUGAUGAAAUAUCCUCAAAGGUAAGGGAAUAUUUAUGAUGUCAUUAUUUCUGUUGACUCCAACAUGGCGGAGAAAUGUUGUUAUAUCUGAUUGCCGUCUCAGAUUAUUGCAUGGUGUGCUUUUUCUGUAAAGUAUUUUUUUUUGUUGAUCUGACACAGCGGUUGCAUUAAGAACAAGUAUAUCUUUAAUUCUAUGUUAAACAUGUAUCUUUCAUCAACGUUUAUGAUGAGUAUUUCUGUUAUUUGACGUGGCUCUCUGCAAUUUCUCCGGAUAUCUUGGAGGCAUUUUUGAACAUGGCGCCAAUGUAAACCGAGAUUUGUGGAUAUAAAAAUGCACAUUAUCGAACAAAACAUAAAUGUAUUGUGUAACAAUGAAGUCCUAUGAGUGUCAUCUGAUGAAGAUCAUCAAAGGUUAGUGAUUAAUUUUAUCUUCAUUUCUGCUUUUUGUGACUACUAUCUUUGGCUGGGAAAAUGGCUGUGUUUUUCUGUGGCUAUGUACUGAGCUAACAUAAGCGUUUGAUGUGCUUUCGCUGUAAAUCCUUUUUGAAAUCAGACAUGUUGGCUGGAUUCACAACAUGUGUAGCUUUAAUUUGGUGUCUUUCAUGUGUGAUUUCAUGAAAGAUUGAUUUUUAAAGUAAUAUAUUUGAAUUUGGCGCGGUACAUUUUUUCUGGCUUUUGGCCAAGUGGGACACUACCGUCCCACAUAUCCCAGAGAAGUUUAACAUAAAAUUUGUGGAGUGGUUGAAAAACGAGUUUUUAUGAUUCCAACCUAAGUGCAUGUAAACUUCUGUCUUCAACUGUAUAUAGUGUACUGUAAAAGUCUGUUUUAUCAUGUCCAGUGUCAAUAAUGGCUUCCAUUGUUUCUAAGUAGUCAUCUGGGCCGGACUUGGACCCCCCGCGGCUGGUGGCUGCCUUGCUCAAGGGCACAUUGACAGAUUUUUCACCUAGUCAUAUCAGAGAUUUGAACCAACAACCUUUUGAUGACUAGUCCAACAUUCUUAAAUGCUAGGCUACCUGCCACCCCCGGGAGGAAUCAUAGAAUUCCAUCCAGAUCAGCAGGAUGGAUCAGCCAACGCAUUAUACCAGAAGAGAAAGCAAAACACACGUUUCCCUAAUUGUUUUCUAAUUGGGCGGGGCCACACAGGUCUACUUAUUUUCCCCGUUGAGGCGAGCAGGGAGGGGACACUAAGUAGCCCAGAGUCAACUGUUCUCUCUCUCUCUCAUGAGCAUGCUAGAUAUUAUGGAGGACCAGUGAGCUCGCUCGGGAAAAGCAUGCUCACGCAAGAGAUGGAAUGCCCACUUACAGACACUCAAUGGAAAACGGACUGAGUAUCUUAUUUAUCCACCAUCUUUGAUUAUAUUUCUAAACAAAUAUCCCAGCUCUGUUUAGGUGCUUGGCUUUAUGCCUGUUUAAACUAUACACAAUCCUGCACAGUAGGUGGCGGUAUGCACCAAUAAGUUUGUUGAAGAAAAAAUGUACUUAUUUAAUAUGGAGCUUGCCCUCAAUGGUACUGCCCAUACCCUCACAAAAAAAAUAACGGAUAAUACAGGGGGUUGUGCUCUUGUUCAACUCUAGGAGGACAUACAUUUUGAAAGAGGAGUAUUUCAUAUUUUAUCCAGAUGCAAAGUGAAAGCAGAUAAGAGACAACACAUUCAAAGCUAAAUCCAAAGAUGGGGAAUAGACAGAGUGUCCUUGAGAAGAAAGGAUACACUAUCCUGAGGAAGGUAGAGAAUGGUGUCAUUGCUACUGACAAAAAUGGGGACCAGUUUGUCAUUAAAGAGAUCAAACUGAAUGAGACCUCAGUCAUGAACUCCAGUGCUGGAGACAUAAUCGAUGAGGUUGAAACUCUCCUGCAGAUAAAUCACCCCCAUAUUUCAAGCCACAAGAACUCUUUCCGAGAUGAUGAAAGUUACUAUGUAGUGAUGGACCAUUGUGACGGUGGAAAUCUUGCACAGAAGAUCAAAGAGGGGAACCCAUUUUCAGAAGAACAGAUCAUGGACUGUUUUGUCAAGAUCUGCAUGGCUCUGAAGCAUGUGCAUGAACUGGGCCUUCUUCACAGAGACCUGAGACCACAGAAUAUAUUCCUCACAAAAUUUGGGACACUUUGUUUGGGAGAUUUCGGAAGAGUCAAUGAAAAUGCUUCCCAAUCUGAAUCUUCAAAAGAUGGAAUGCUGGGUUAUUUAGGCCCAGAGAUGCGGACUGGAAUUUAUGACACUAAAAGUGAUAUUUGGUCCUUGGGAUGUGUGCUGUAUGAGUUGUGUAUGCUUCAGAGUGCAUUCACUGCAGCAAGCACAAUAGAGCUCGUUGCCAAAAUACUGGGGGGUCCUUACCCAUCUCUCCCAGAGAGUUUCUCACCUGAGCUCCAUCAACUAAUGUGUGACAUCUUCCAACAAGAACCGACCAGUAGACCUUCAGCUGGUGAAAUCCUGGCAAAACCCUUCAUUAUUAGUUUCCUCACAAAAAAGAAUGAAGAAACUGUGGAGGAGCUCCAGACAAACUUGAACACUCUGAGAACUCUGGCAGACAGCUUGGAGUGUGUGCACCAGGGCACCACCAUAGGCAGUCUGACUGGAGGUGUUAUUGGGGCAGCUGGAGGAAUCACUUCCAUAGUAGGCCUCAUCCUGGCUCCCUUCACUCUGGGCACCUCCCUGAUCGUUACAGGAGUGGGUAUUGGGGUGGCUGUCGCCGGUGGAGCCACAGCCGGAGUAUCCAACAUCACCAACAUGGUCAAUCAGUCUACCGACCACAAAGUCAUCAAGAACAUCAUCAAGGAGUUCCAGGAGAAGAUGAACUCUGUGGUGACAUCUCUACAAAACAUCGAUGAGGGUUUGGAGACACCGUGGAUGAGUGGUGUCUCAGAAAGAGAAAUUUUAAAUGCAGAGAAGCUAGCAAAUACUGGGGCGAGGGUUGGGAGGGGCCUAGGGAGCAUCCCAGAGCUUGUCCGAUUGAUCCAUGUGGCCUCCAUUGGCAAGGUAGCAGCUCAAACUGCUAGGGCAGUGCGUGUUCUAGAGAUGGCAACAGGAAUAUUCUCUGCUUUCUUUGUAGCAGUUGAUAUCUUCUUCAUCGCCAUGGAUGCAAAAGAGAUCCACAACAUACGACAGGCGAAGGCUGAGAAACAGUCUAGUGAUAGCAGUAAGUUACACUUGAUGGACACAGACUCCAUGAAUAAGCUGAACCCUGAAUGUGAAGAACCAAAGGCUGAGGUCAAGUCAAAGACCAUGAAGUUCAUCCAGACGAUCAGACAGACAGCUGAUCAGCUACAGCAGUGCCUGGAUGAGCUGAGUGACGUCAUCUCAUUCAUUCCUAAGAUAGAGGGCUGUCACUUAGACAAUUGAAACUAUACUCAGUUGUAGUGAUUGUAAAAGAAACAAGAAAUAAAGCAGAUUGAAUCAGUCCUUGAUACACAAUUUAACUGUAAAACACAGGUGUGGGCGGUGCGACUUUGACACCCAGAUAAGCCUUUCGGUUUAAAUUCUGAGCAAAAUCCCUUUUCUGUUCUUCAAUUCUUGCAAAAAUCAGCUCUGAUAAUAAGUAGGUUGUAGAAACAUAAGUAUACAGUAUAUCUCAGCUUUAGUACUGAAGCACUUUCCUUUCAGGUUAUUACAGUUGACAUGAUUUGAUCUGUACAUAUUUUUUCUCACGUAAAAUGAUAUCAGGUGUAUUACACAACUACAAAAGUGUCAGUUGUUUCAAUCGAAUAAUAGCCUACAUGAAGUGGUGAUGGUGAUUGUAUAAAAAUGUAAAUUGUUGAAAAAAAAUAUUUUGUAAUUUUUAUGAAAUUAUCCUGGGUAAACAACAUAUAAUACAAUCAUAAUCUAUAAAUGUCUGCUUCAAAAAAUAAAAAGCAUGUUUUAAACUCAA